AACACGAUCAGAUUGACAUUUGUCUUUUUGCUCUCACGUGGAUAAGGAUAACGCAUAUCGUACUCUCGCAAGACAGCAUUCAUUUCCUAAUAUAGAGAUUCAGGACACGGUGAACAAAGGUAUAGCAAUGGUUCGCGUAAUUACUCAGGAAACUUACGAUGAAGUUGUUAACGAAAAUAUGGAGCAAUUUUCGAUGACUCCUAAAGAAGCUAUAGAAGACGCGGUAAAACAAUUCGAAGCUCAGGGUGUAGACUUGAGCAACAUCAUUAAAGAUUUAAUUCUCAAUGAUGACAGCGAAUUAAUCGUAUCUUCUUUAAAUCAAAUUAAUAAUGCUAUAGAGGAUCAGAAUUAUGAAAAUGUUCAUCAUACAUUAGACAAAUUGAGAAAUGAAUUAGACAAAGAUAUCGCACGUAGAAUAUAUGCUGGAAAGAAGGGGGCAUAUAAUACUUUAAUAAAAUUAAUGAAAGCCUGUCUUAAUAAUGCUACUAUCAUAAAAUCGGCAUUGAAAGCUAUUACUUCAUUAAUGAAUGGUAAUCCAGACUUGUUGAAUGAUGAGGGAAUAGCCUUGCAAAUACAGAUUUUAGAUAGAUAUCCAGAUAUUUCAACAUUACAAUUACUUUUACGGUGGAUAAGAGAAUGUUGUAUAAAACACGAGCUUAAUAGACAAGGUAUUUUUAAUGCGGAUAUCUUUAACAAGCUUAAAAAAAUAUUGAUUCGUGAUGAUACGUCUGGACCCGAGUUAAGAGAUGCUUGUGCUGUAAUUAGAGCCUUGGUGUUAGAUGAUGAUAUUAGACACGAAUAUGGAAAAGCUCAUGAGCAUGCAAGUGUUAUUGCAAAAGGAGCCCUCAAUGUCCUUACUGGGUUGUUGCCAAGAUAUAAGAAAGAUAAAGGGGUCGUGGGUGACUUAAUGAUAACUUUAGCGGCGCUAAUCGUGCGGAACGAAUUUUGUCAGGAAGUAGAAGAUGCAGGAGGGCUAAAGUUCGUCAUAGAUGUUAUGAUCGAUCAUCCAGAUUCAGAGAAAUUAAAUUGGCAAGCCUUAAAAUUGUUGAAAGCCUUAGCUGGAAAUGACGAUGUAAAGUCUCAUAUUAUAACAUCAGGCUGUGGCCCUUUGAUUGUUUCUGCUAUCAGUAGAAUGAGAGAAUCUGAGUGUGUAGUGACCGCAGGACUUGCAUGCAUUUCCGCAUUAACACUGAGGUGUCCCUCAAACGCUGGUGUGUUUUACGAUUGUGGAGCGCCGCUUGUAAUCGUAGACGCGAUGAAAGCUUAUCCUAAAAGCGUGACUCUGUUGAAACAAGCUGCUUGGGCUGUACGCAAUAUGUCUGUACGAAAUAAGGCAGAAUGUUCAGAAUUUAUUACUCAUGGUAUAGAGGACGUCUUGACAAGUGCCCUUAAACUACACGGUUCUAAGGUCGAAAGUGACGUGAAGGCGGCUUUGAGGGACCUGGGACUGAAAGUAGAAUUGAAAGAACGAUGGACCGGUAAAGGUGUAUCCAUGAACAAUUAAUCAUUGUCAUUGCGACCAUAUGCGACUUGAAAAUGUUUCAAACAUUUUUUACAUUUUGCUUGAAAAAAUGUCAAAUAUAUAUCAAAACUUAACAGCUGAUAUUAGUAUUUUUCAUAGCACUCGUAUUUAUAUGUAUUAUAUAUAUAUAUAUAUAUAUUGUUUUUUUAACUUGUUUUUUAUAUACUAGAUAUAUUUAUAUGUUGUGUAUUAUUAUAAAUUUAUAAUAAACUUUUAUCUUUAA